AUGCCUGCUUCCGAUGAUGAUCAAGGUGUGCAAGAUGAUGAGACCCCUGUUGAUAAAGAUGUUAAGACAACUGUUGAUAAUGAUGAGACAUCUGCUGAGAAAAAUGAUGAGACUCCUGUUACUAAGGAUGUUGAGACAUCUCUGAGAGGAAACUAUUGCAGUGACGACAACGAAGCUGAGAGGAAACCAUUCCGCAAUGACGACAACGAAGCUGAGAGGAAACCAUUUCACAGUGACGACGUUGAUAAGGAAGAAUUAGGGUUUUAUACUUUGAGCACAUUGGUAGCUGAAGAAUUAGGGUUUUAUACUCACAAACUAGUUCCUAUUGCUAUGUAUUUGGAAAUAGGUAGUAAGGGUGAUAGUAAUAAUUCUGGUGACGAUGUUGGGGAUAUUGCUGGCAUCGGAUCCGAUCUAUUUGGUUCAUAUGCAGAGGCAUCUUGUGUUGCCCUUGUUGUUGCCUCCAUCUCUUCUUUUGGGAUCGAUCAUCAGUUCACUGCCAUGUUGUUCCCUCUCAUCAUCAGUUUUGUGGGCCUCCUUGUUUGUUUGCUCACCACCUUAUUUGCAACUGACUUUUUUGAGAUCAAGCUUGUAAAGGAAAUUGAGCCAGCAUUGAAAAAACAGCUUGUUAUUUCAACAGUAUUGAUGACUAUUGGAAUUGCAAUUGUUAGUUGGAUAGCACUCCCAUCUUCCUUCACCAGCUUCGAUUUUGGAGAGCAGAAAGUUGUCAAGAACUGGCAGCUAUUCUUGUGUGUGUCUGUUGGUCUUUGGGCAGGUCUUAUCAUUGGAUUUGUUACUCAAUACUAUACCAGUAAUGCAUACAGCCCUGUACAAGAUGUUGCUGAUUCCCGCAGGACUGGUGCUGCUACCAAUGUUAUCUUUGGCCUUGCCUUGGGAUACAAGUCUGUUAUCAUUCCAAUUUUUGCCAUUGCAAUUAGUAUUUCUGUUAGUUUCAGUUUUGCUGCCAUGUAUGGUGUUGCUGUUGCCGCUCUUGGAAUGUUGAGUACCAUAGCAACUGGAUUAGCCAUUGAUGCAUACGGUCCAAUCAGUGACAAUGCCGGAGGUAUUGGUGAGAUGGCUGGAAUGAGUCACAGAAUUCGUGAGAGAACCGAUGCUCUUGAUGCUGCAGGAAACACAACUGCUGCCAUUGGAAAGGUUCAGUUUUCCUCUUUUUUCUUCUUUCUUUUCACCUAG